AUGUCUUCAGUGUUGUGCCACGGUUGUCCAAAUGCUAGUGGACUGAUAGUACUAACUUUAUUAGCAGCUGCUACCACUCGCUAUACGGUCAUCGUUUUGGAAGAAGUCUCGGCGUCGUGGGAUCCCUCCUGUAAUCAAGGGUGCAUAAGCACUCACCUCUCAGGAGCCCCAACCUGGAACGACCCCGACCUCAUCGAUGCCAUACGGAACUACUUCCUCUUGCCUCCUCUGAGGAUUCCGGACGCGUCUCCCGCAGACGUCAGCACCUUCGUCUGGAGGGAAGUGGCCGACUGGAGCAGAAUGCAGAAGAAGCUCCUGGAGCUCUGGAAAGACCAACCACCAGGGACCUUCGUGGAAGUCGGCGUCGUGGACGGCCUGUUCAUGAGCCAGACGCUCCUGCUCGAACGCAACCUCAAUUGGACCGGGUUGCUGAUAGAACCCGACCCCCGGUCUUUUUCGCGCCUUCGGCAGAGUCGAAGGAACGCGACCGUCACCGACUUUGCGGUCGUUCCAAAAGUACCACCCGGAGCAGAGGUCAAUCACGGCAGUAAAGUCUACGUGAAAGGCGCACCUCUCUCGACCCUUCUCCUGGCGGCCAAGAUGACCAGAGUUGACCUCCUAACCAUCGCCACCGGGACCUCAGAUGACCGACGAAAGGUCACAGAUGUCAUCGGGAGCGACAGAGGCUUCGAUGUGAAGAGUAUUUUGAUCCAGUACCAACGAGACCUCCUGUCGAAAAACCCAUACCCACAGGUGAAGGGCUACGUCUACGACAUGGGAAGGUCGUCUCUCCUCGUUCGUCUGUACUGGAAGAGGACUCACUGUCACCCCUUGGAGGGUAACGAGUGCAAGAGGCAGAAUUACUUCGACCUGACGGAGGGAUGUUCGCGGUACAUCUGCGAUGGGCACGCUGUCGUUUGGUCGUUCUAGACUGGACUACAGAGAGAGAGAGAGAGAGAGAGAGAGAGAGAGAGAGAGAGAGAGAGAGAGAGACUACUGUUUUUUGCAUAUAACUUUCGCGAAUUUUAUGAGCUUUCCGUAUUGCUUACCUACCAAUAAUUUGUAAGAUUCAGACCCAACAUUCAAAUUGGUUGCUUUACUUUAUUUCAGU